AUGACCCUGACGCCGUCAGUGACGGACUUGCCCGAAGACGACGUGCAGAUUCCGCCGAUCCAAGUGGACAAGGACCUGCUGAUCCAAGUGGUCCGAAUCAAAGUGCAGACUUUGAUUCGCAAUGCUAAACUGCGCGAGCAGGGCGUAGUGCUGGAACCUGGCAAGAAGCGCGACCCGCACUGCACCACAGAGCGACUAGAAAAACUCCUUCCGGUGAUCGAACAGCGAUGGCUACAGGAUCUCAUGAAUGGUGACGAGCCACGGUAUGGCUUCGACGAGGUCGUCAAAAUUUUCCUGGACAUUGUUCACAAUGACUCAGACAUCGGAGAAAACGUAGAUCGGCAGAAGCUCUAG